AUGUCUUUAUUAACAUCUGUUAUUGACAAAUUCGCUUUAUCAUGUACUAAAGACAACGAAAUCGGUGAGCAAAAUCAAGAGCUGUACGAUCUUGUGUUCGAUUACUUUAUCUCAUCCGAUGUUGUCGAACAGUUUACUCAUGCGCUUCGUCAACUUGAUACAACAUCGCCGCUAAAUGAGAGUUCUCAAUGGCUAUUGAUCACUGGUUUUAAUGCAGCGAUGGACAUUGGAUAUUAUGAUAAUAAACAUCGUGACACGUUCUGUGAGUUUUGGUUACCAAAGUAUGAAGUCUUAUUGCAGGAAUUCAUCGAGAGUUUAUCAUUGCAUGUAAUUAAAUAUAUUUUAUCGAGUUUGAUUCAAAUUCAAAUAACGAUCGAGAAUUUAGCAGAGAAUUUUAUGAGACAAGAACUGGAAUUUUGUAAUUUGAAACAGAAUAACGAGUACUUAGCCAUCAUUCAAACGGCUCUGCCGCUGGUAAUCAAGGAGAAUUUCCUUCAAAAUUUACACGCUGAUGAUUAUUCGCAAAUCGAUCUCCGGUGGGAUGCGGAUGUCGAACAAAUGACAUCAUCAUUUAUAUCUUGGUUGAUAUUCAAGAUUCUGCUAAUGUUCACCAAUACAGAUGGGGAUUGUUUCACAAUGGUCAAACACAAUUUAGUUAUCAAAAACAUCCUCCUACGAGCAGCUCAGCUAAUCGAUGAUCAACAUCCAGUGAAACUUGCUCUUCGUGUUAUUAUUGUUUCGAUAAUUAAUGAAAGCGAAAUACAAAAUACAAAAGAAACUAUUAAUAUACUAAUUGAGAAUAUUAAAAAGAUCAAUUAUUUAAAUGGAAAUAGGUCUUCGUUUAGCAACAAUGGAGUCUACGAUAUUGAGCUAUUGAUUGGUCUGAAGGGUAUGUCGAGGUUUCGUCUUCUAAUCUUAAGUAUCGAGCGUAUUUUUUUCGUAGGCUUUUUACAAUACAAUCAAGUGCAGAGUGUCUUUUUAGAAAAGGAAAAUUUGGAUUUAUUGAUUGUAUUAGUCGAACCGUUAUUUUCAUCGGUGGAAACUGAAAUCGAAGGAAAUGAAAAGAUCGAUAAUGAUUUAACACCGAGUAAAGAGUCUACUUUGAAUGCAACUCAACUUUCAAAUGAAGCGACACCAAACGACGAAGCUGAACUCAAUAGUUUAUUGAAAGAUAUGGCAUUGAUCGCUCUAGAAUGUCUUCAUCUAAUGUUAUUCAAUCAAGAAGCAAAGACAAUAAUCAAAGAUCAGACUGCAUUCGUAUCAUUUAUUCGUGAAAUAGAAGCCUAUGGAAGAGUUAGAAAGGCCAUCGACGGUUUCCUCUGGAAGUUAGAUGAAGAAGAUGAAACUCAAAAUGAGGAAGAAAACAAUCGAUUUGAUUUAAUGAUUAGUUAUGAUGAGGAUCACGAUAGUUCAUUGGUGAAAAAUUUAUAUAAUUAUCUAGCGGAGCAUUGUGAUUAUCGGAUUUCGUUCGACGAACAAUCAAUGCCGAGUUCAAGAUGUCAGGCCAUUGUUGACUGUCAAUGUGUUCUUCUAUGUGUGUCUGAAACAUACAAAAGCGAUCCGAACUGUCGAAUGGAAGUUGAACAUGCACGAAGUCGAAACAAACGAUUGAUUCCUUUCGUUCUUAAGCAGACUGUAUUUGAUGGUUGGCUGGGAUCGAUUUGUACUAAUUCACAUCGUAUAGAUUCAGUCGAACAUGACUUUGACAAAUCUGUUCGCUUGUUGAUAGACGAAAUUCAACAAGAAAGAUUAGUAGAAUUUUUAUCUCAAUCGAAAUCUCAACUUGAACAAAUAAACGUUUCAUCGGAUACAGAUUACAAAACAAUUAGUUCAAUGGAAUUAUGGACGAAUCAACAUGUACAACAUUUUCUCUACGACAAUAAACUAGAUGUAAUGGUUUUAUUAACCGAACAAAUGAAUGGUGAAGAUCUGCGUCAAUUAUUUGAUAGAUGUCAAAUAGAUGAUGACUAUUGGGCGGGGUUCGAUCGAUUAAAUCAAGAAUUAGAGAAACGAUUCCGACAGGUGUUGCCCAUCUCAGUUUAUAUAAGGUUUUUAAAUCGAAUACGAAAAUAUAUUACUGUUUCAAUGUUUUGA